GGCAUUGAGGAACGAUGUCGUACUUUUUGAACGCGUUUCGAGCCGAGCUAACUGCCAUAAAAGUUGCUGGUGGCUGGAAGGCUUCAUUUUAGAGGAUUCUACGAGAGACAAAUCUCCGUACAGGAACUCUGAUUGGAACAGACAAAUAUGGAAAUAAGUACUUCGAAAAUAACACGUACUUCAUGGGCAGAAAUCGUUUUGUUGUUUACCCUUACGUGGAUCGUUACACCUUCGAUGCUAGCCAGAUUCCCGCGGAAUGGCAUCGUUGGAUGCACUACAUGACGGAUGACCCUCCCACAAAAGUACCGCCAGAGGAAAGAAAGUUUAUUCAAGCUCACGAAACUAACAAAACAGGCACCAAAUUGGAAUAUGUUCCGUACAGCACUACUCGGCCAAAGAUCGAAGAGUGGCAGCCUCCUAAGAACAGUUAACUAGUUGGUCCUUUUAAAGAUACAGAAGGUGUGAUCAGGUGUGAAUUGUAAUGUGUGAAGAGAUUUCUAUGCAAGUUGGAACAUUGUCACAGGGGUAUAAGGAUUCUUAAAACUGAUGACCUAAGGUAACAGUUUGUAAAUUGUAAGUCGUUAUUUGGUCAAUGAGAUUUUUCAUAAAUUCUUUGGAUUUUGAACACCA